GCUAGCGUCAGCAGCGCCGCAGCCGGACGAGAAGGCGGAAGAUGGCGGCGGCGGCCGGGAGGCCGUGAGGAGCGAGGCGGCUGCGAGGGCGGCCGAUGGCGGCCGGGAGGCGCCCUCGGACACCUGCGGGCCGUUAGGGCGCGACGCUGGGAGGCAUGUCGGAGCACGCGGCGCCCGCAGCUCCGGGGCCUGGGCCCAAUGGCGGCGGCGGCGGCCCGGCCCCCGCGCGCGGGCCUCGCACCCCCAACCUCAACCCCAACCCCCUCAUCAACGUGCGCGACCGGCUCUUCCACGCGCUAUUCUUCAAGAUGGCUGUCACCUAUUCGCGGCUCUUCCCGCCCGCCUUCCGCCGUCUCUUCGAGUUCUUCGUGUUGCUCAAGGCCUUGUUUGUGCUCUUCGUCCUGGCCUACAUCCACAUCGUCUUCUCCCGCUCGCCCAUCAACUGCCUGGAGCACGUGCGUGACAAGUGGCCGCGUGAGGGCAUCCUGCGUGUGGAGGUGCGGCACAACUCGAGCCGCGCGCCCGUCUUCCUGCAGUUCUGUGGCAGUGGCGGCCGCGGAAGCUUCCCAGGCCUGGCGGUGGAGCCAGGCGGCGACCUGGACGUGGAAGAGGAGGAGGAGGAGGAGGAGCUGACCAUGGAGAUGUUUGGGAAUAGCUCCAUCAAGGUCCCUGGUCGCCCACAGUUUGAGCUGGACAUCGAGCCCAAGGUGUUCAAGCCGCCGAGUAGCCCAGAGGCCCUGAAUGACAGCCAGGAGUUCCCCUUCCCCGAGACGCCCACCAAAGUGUGGCCACAGGACGAGUACAUCGUGGAGUACUCACUAGAGUAUGGCUUCCUGCGCCUGUCGCAGGCCACCCGCCAGCGCCUAAGCAUCCCCGUCAUGGUGGUCACCCUGGGUGAGUCUGAGCAGCUGGGCUGGGGGAGCUCCGUGGCAGGGCCUCCCUCCUCCCUCGGGUCUCCUCCUGCUGGGGCUGGGGGCCGUGCAGGAAGCACUGGGGUCUGCCCCGCCCCAGGCACGUUUUCCAGGACUGGGGUCCUGGAUGGGUUUCCAAGAAUGGGCAGGGCCAGGAAGCAGGCGAGGCCUCAGCAAUGGAGCCAGCUGGGGCAGGGCCCAGGGGGCAGCCUGGGCAGGGCUCCCGGCUCCCUGAUUCACCCACCCGCAGACCCCACGCGGGACCAGUGCUUUGGGGACCGCUUCAGCCGCCUGCUGCUGGAUGAGUUCCUGGGCUACGACGACAUCCUCAUGUCCAGCGUGAAGGGCCUGGCGGAGAACGAGGAGAACAAGGGCUUCCUGCGGAAUGUGGUGUCGGGCGAGCACUACCGCUUUGUGAGCAUGUGGAUGGCGCGGACGUCCUACCUGGCUGCCUUCGUCAUCAUGGUCAUCUUCACGCUGAGCGUGUCCAUGCUGCUGCGGUACUCGCACCACCAGAUCUUCGUCUUCAUUGUGGACCUGCUGCAGAUGCUGGAGAUGAACAUGGCCAUCGCCUUCCCCGCAGCGCCCCUGCUGACCGUCAUCCUGGCCCUCGUCGGGAUGGAGGCCAUCAUGUCGGAGUUCUUCAAUGACACCACCACGGCCUUCUACAUCAUCCUCAUCGUGUGGCUCGCGGACCAGUACGACGCCAUCUGCUGCCACACCAGCACCAGCAAGCGGCACUGGCUGCGGUUCUUCUAUCUCUACCACUUCGCCUUCUAUGCCUACCACUACCGCUUCAAUGGGCAGUAUAGCAGCCUGGCCCUGGUCACCUCCUGGCUCUUCAUCCAGCAUUCCAUGAUCUACUUCUUCCACCACUACGAGCUGCCCGCCAUCCUGCAGCAGGUCCGCAUCCAGGAGAUGCUGCUUCAGGCGCCGCCACUGGGCCCCGGGACCCCCACGGCGCUGCCUGAUGACAUGAACAACAACUCGGGCGCCCCGGCUACCGCCCCUGAUUCUGCGGGCCAGCCCCCUGCCCUGGGCCCCGUCUCGCCCGGGUCCGGCGGGAGUCCCGGGCCUGUGGCAGCGGCGCCCAGCUCCCUGGUGGCCGCGGCAGCCUCAGUGGCGGCAGCUGCCAGUGGUGACCUGGGUUGGAUGGCAGAGACCGCUGCCAUCAUCACAGACGCCUCCUUCCUGUCCGGCCUGAGCGCCUCCCUCCUGGAGCGGCGUCCAGCCAGCCCGCUGGGCCCAGCUGGGGGCCUCCCCCACACCCCCCAGGACAGUGUACCCCCGAGUGACUCCGCAGCUUCUGACACAACUCCCCUGGAGCCUGCGGUAGGCGGGCCUAGCCCUGCCUCCAUGGCCCCAACGGAGGCGCCCUCGGAGGCGGGGUCCUGAGCCGCAACAGCUGAGCCGCCUCUGACCCCUGCUGGCUGGGCCUGACUUUCCCCGAGCCCGUGGGAGUGGGGGAGGCCAGCCACCUCCUUCCUCUGGGACUGCCCAGCUUGUGUCAGGGCUUUCAGGGUUUCGUGGGGUUUGCCCAGAAGGCGGCUUUCCUCCCCCUGGUGUGAGGUCGCGCCCGAGGCUUGUACCCACUAGUGAGCUGUUUGAGCCGGUCAGCAAGGAGAGGGGGUGGGGUUCCCCGGAAGGUUCUGGAGGGGGCUUGGUGAAAGGUCUGCAGUGAACCGUCCUGAGGAUGGAGUGGGGUCCCAUGGCGCAGGUCUCUGAGCAGGCGGAGGUGUGGAGGAGAGGCCGGAAUGGGGUGGGGCCUCGGGCCUUAGUGCCGGCCGGCCUCAGCCCGGCUCUGCCUGGUGCUCCCUGCAGUGCCUUCUCCAUGGCCCGGCCCUCCCCGCGUGUGCGCCAGGCCUGGGGUCCCCGGGAGAGCAGAGCUUGCGCCUUGGGCAUAGGGGCGUGGGGUACAGGCGCCAACAUCAGUGGCAGCAGCCAGGGCCGUGGUCCAGUCCCACUCGGGGAUGGAGUGGGCCGGCGGCCAAACCAGUCAGUCACUCGGGGAGGAAUGCGGAGGAGCGCUCAUUCCAUUCUAUUUAAUUGCAGUGUACAAAAUUGUGUUUGUAUAUAGAAUAAACUGUUGACAGCGGC